AUGAUCAAACAUAAAUCCUUAUUCAUUAUCUGUUAAUGUGAGACCUAAAUCUCUUGUUCAAACUUUUUAUAUAAUUCAUCCCAUUAACAAUCAUCUUCCUAAAAAUAAUCAUCUUAAUCUUCAAAAUCCAAUUCUUUUACAUUUUCUUCAACAUCUUCUUGCCCUCUUAUUAUUAUUAAUCUCCAAUGUGUUAUUCUUGCUUCUAUUUCUUCCUAAGUUUACUUUGAUCUUUUUAUCUUUUCAAUUUAAGUCUUUUAUUUAUUUUUUUAUCCCUCUCCUUUUCCUUACUCUAAACGAUAUAAUUAAUUUCAAUUGCUAAUUUAUUUGUGUUAUCUAUCCAAAUUGAGUUAUUUAUUCAUGAAUCAAAGCACUAAAUAUUCAUGUAAGAUGCUAAAUCGAGAUUACACACAGAAUGAAUGA